GGUGUUGUAAAACACGAACACUGAAUCAGCUGUUGAUGUUUUGUUGUUGCUAUGUACAAGGAAUGACCGUUGCCGAGGAAACAUGAAAAAAUUGUCACAACUCAUCAGGAUUGAUUAACUUUACGUUGAAAUUGGCAUUAAUUUAACUUAUCUAGCUAUUCGAGUAGUUUUCAGUCUUUACUUACAACAAAAAUGUCAAGAAAUGGCACUCAAACAACCAACAAAACGAAAACCAGAAAUGAAUUGCCCAGGAAGGUCACUAAAUCGCCGGCAACAAGUGAGCCAAAAGCACCCACACCAAAGGUCAGAAAGUCGCUGGUCAGGCAACCGGGUAGCACGGAAGGUGAAAAAAUAGCGAAACAAACCACAAGUGCAGCGACCUCAAGCAAAAAGCCUGCACUGUCAGCAAACACGGAGAAAAACAAGGGGAGGGAGCGGGAACUUGUAGUUGCUAAAAGGACAACUCCAUCCCCUGGAGCUUCGCGUGUCAGCAAGACACAACCCCCAGUGACAAAGAAAGGUUCUAAAACCAAACCCAAUGCAGUUUUGGAUACAUACCACAGCGUAACGGUUGCCUCGCCACCGCAAAAGCGCAGAGUUCAAGCUAAACAGGAGCAGGAAUCACAACAACCUCCAAUAGUAGAGAGUGCCCCUCCUGCUCCGCCCAGAAACCGCACAUUUACCCGCACCUUAGACCCCGAAGAAGUGGUGGUCCUCAAGCGGGAAUCAGCCAAACAAAGGAGCGAAGUUGAAUCCCUGAAAUCCCAGUCUGUGAAACAACCUGUGGCCUUUGAGGUCAAGUUCGAGGAGGCCAAAAAACCAGACUCCGAAUCCGAUCAUUACUCGGAUGAUUUCGAAUCCUACGAAUCAGAUUUUGAGACAGAUGCCAGCUCUCCCGAAGAGGAUGAAGAAGAUCCCGAAGGACAUGAAGAUAAUGAGGAAGAUGAGGAUUCUUCUUCUGAAGAGGACGUGGAAGAGGAAGAACCUGAGGAAGAGGAAUCGGAACCCACCCAUAAUCUCAUCACGGUUAUCCAACGCGACAACGAGCGGGAGCGAAAGCUAGACUCCGGACACUAUGAUAUGCGUCGGAAGGCGGUGACCAGCCACCAAUUCGACAGUUUCGAUACUAGCUCUAUGGCCAACUCGGAGCAAAUGGAUUCCGGAAUCAGUACUAGCGUAGGACCGGAGAAUUCGCGGAGUGGUGUCUACUACGGUGGAUACUCCGGUUUUGUGUCACAUCCGGUGCACAGUCGUCGCGGUGACGAGCUGAUGACCAAGCUGCGUUUCGACCAACUCAACUACCACCUGUUCGAGAUGAAACCCCUUAGCUACGAGGGAUUCAUGCAAAACUACGGAAAACUGAAUGCAAGUCAAACGGCCACCCAAACCAUGUCUCCUUUAAUGGAUGGCGAAUGCCAAACUCUGGAGGUGCAUAGUCGAAGUAGUUGGACGCAACAUCCCCCACAUUACGGAGGUCAACUGGUGCUCAGUUGUAGUGGUGAUGGGGAGGACGAUGAGACAUUUAAUAGUCAACCGUCAGAUGCCUACGACCUGAGUAUCUCGCGGCUGGAGAAACUGCACCGCGAGGAACAGGUGCGAACCCAGCAGAAACAACAGCAAAGAUUGGCUAAAACCACAGAUGUGGAGCGCCUUAAUGCCUUUUUACACAGAGCCACUCGAUUGAUGAGCCGGGUCUUGGAUGGUAAGAGUAAAAAUAGCCCAAGUACUCCUCGCCAGGUUCCACUACAAACUGGUCUCCUGAAUGCUCUGCCCGUGCGAAGGAUCUUCGGAAGCUCGGAAAAUGGUCACUUGGUGGUCACCGUACAUGAAUGCCCAAAGGAGAGCAACGUUUACAGCGAGGAUUUUGCCAGUUUGCUAAUGGUGUGGUCUCUGGGAAAUCCCAGCCAGCCUCUACGACUGCUUUCCACUUGGGCGGAGGUGUGUCGAGUAACUUUAUCCACAGAAGCCCCGGACAUUGUGGUGGCUGGGCUUCGAGAUGGCAGCAUCGCCAUGUGGGAUCUACGCGAGACACACAGCUAUUGCUCCAAGUUGGAUGGUCACCUGACCCAUUUUGCGGCCACGCAGUCGGUUGUACCUUUGCCGGAGCAGCAGAAACAGUCAGAAACAUCGGCCAUGGACUUGGGUGCUGUUGUGGAUGUGCGAAGCUUUCGAUCUCAGCAUAAAAGUGGAGGAAUAGCCACAACUGCAGGGCUGCAGGCCUCCUAUAAAGAAGUUCAGUACGCCUCAUUGAACGACUCUGGGCUGCUUACCAUGUGGACUUUGGUGGAGGGAUCCGCCUCCAAUAAUACCAAUGAAUUUAGCUCGCCAUGGGCUCGGGUAAAGCUUCUCCAAAGCGGCAUUUGUGAUUUGAGAAACUAUCUACAGCGGCGUCUUCUGAAGAGCAGCCAGAGUGCCUACGAAAAGACCAAGUCCCUGUUCCAGGGCAACAUCUACAGCGACGAUCUCCUGCGGGAACUGAACGAGACCCAGACCCUGUCCAACGCCCUGCAGGGCCAGGGAUUGCAGGGACUGCGCUUUACCAGCAUCGAUACCGGCAGCGAACUCAUCUACGUGUGCACCAACCGGAACUUUGUGCUCUGCUGUACGAGGAGCCUCAAAACGGAGCGCUUCUCGAGGAUUGCCGUCAAUGAGAGCCGUUUCCUGUUCCCCACCUCACUAUGUGUGCUCUCCAACGAGAGCUUUGUGGCGGUGGGACUGUCCAAUGGCUCUGUGGUGAUACUCAACUGCAAUCAGCGCCAGAGGCCUUUGCAAAAGAACCACCAGCGACCCAUGACUGGUCUGCCGCCGCCCACAGCUGAACCCGAUCCGGAGACUGGAAAGUCUUGCGCAAUCCAGAACAUCAUACUCAACGAGCGACGCUCCUUUGACCAACAAAUGAGUCCAAUGGAUGGCAGUUCCUACAACCUCAGACCUGAUACGGCCCUGGAGCUGAUUGAACGUCCCCGACGGUCUUAUGAGAGACGCGUUUUUGACCAGCAGCUCCUCUUAAGUGGCAGUGGAUUGCGGCAGCACCUUGUCCAGGCCCUGGUCCUCUCCAGCGACGGCUGGCGGCUCUCAGCUCUGACCAAUGGAACUGUGCGCACCUACGAUUUUCAUCGAGACAGGGAAGUGAGCACCGGAGAGCCGACGAAAAACCGCACUAGGGUGACUGACAUUGCCGCAGCACGGGGAGCUAGAAGCGAUCAGCAUCUGCUCAUCCUAGACUCCACCGGGCAGGUGAAAAUGCAGCCACUGGAUCACUAG